AUGCAGUUCUUGUGUAUCACAGCUUUACUUCUGGCAGCAGUAGCUGCUCAUCCAGAUUCCCAGACGCCAUGGCAGGAUAAAGAGUUUCCACCUACAGGUGAUCCCCAGCUGGACUUUAAGCCUGGUGAUGAUGAGCAGGCAACAAAUUCCCCAGAAGAUGGACAUACAGGGUCAGGAGGAGGCAGUCCAGAAUGGUCACAUGAGAUGCCCACUGGACUUCCAAACUGGCCCUCUAAAGAACCAAGUAUGGAACCCAUGACCCAUGAUUGGAGUGACUACCAGACGGGAAGACCUUCUGUGGCAUCUAAUCGAGGCAAAAGACAGGCUCCUGACUUUGGUGUCAUGACUGAUGAGCCUGGAGUCCCUCAUCCUGGAUCCAGCAGGCACUUUGGGAGACCCAGAGGACCUCCAAGAGGCAAGAGGCCCAACAUGAGAAACCCUGCUGCAAAGGGCAACAUGGUGUUUUCCCCAAUCUUCAAGGUUGACAGCGUGACAGUUCAGAACAUCACCAAUGCACCACUGAAGGAGGGGGAGAACUUAUUUCUGCAGCCGAGGCACGGUGGAAGAGGACAUCAUCAUCAUAAGGGAGGAAAUCAUGGGCCUCCAACACAGCAAUAUCUGAAGCUCAUCUACAACGCCACAGAGCCGAACAAAGUCUCCAUUGAGUAUGGGGUUUUGAAGCCUACAAAUCCUGGUAAGCUUUUCAGAGAGGAAAACAAUCUAGAAGAAGAUUACUGACCAUAAAAGGGGGAAACAAACAGCUCCAAGUUUGAUCCAUCUACUUUAGACUGGAAGUCUCUGGAAAAUCAUUAAUGUAAUUCUGUAUUUUCCCAGAAAACCCAAAGUUCUGUGCAGCACAAUAAAUUUCUAUUAAAUAA